AUGCUGAUAACUGUGUACUGUGUGCGUAGGGACCUCACAGAGGUAACCUUUUCCCUCCAGGUCAGCCCUGACUUUGAGCUCUGCAACUUCAGAGUCCUCUGUGAACUUGAGUCUGGUGUGCCUGCUGAGGAGAUUCAGUUCAUCUACAUGGAGCAGCUCCUUACAGAUGAACAUUGUUCCCUGGGCACCUAUGGCUUCAAAGAUGGUGAUAUGGUUGUACUACUUCAGAAGGACAAUGUGGGACUUCGGGCUCCAGGAAGGAUCCCAAACCAGCCACGAGCAGAUUUCAAUGGGUCAGCCAUACCGGGAACAUCAAGUUCCCGACACCAGCAUCAGCAUCAGCAUCAGCAUCAGCAUCAGCAUCAUCAGCAUCAUCACCAUUAUCACCAUCAGCAACGUAUACCAUCAACACAAGCCCAUGGAUUGGCCUCUGGAGAGAAUAUGGUCUAUGCGCAGAAUCUGGACAGCCCUGCUCUGAUUCGCAGCAUGUUGCUUUCCAACCCCCAUGACUUGUCCCUGUUGAAGGAACGAAACCCUGCCUUGGCUGAAGCUCUGCUUAGUGGAAACCUUGAGACAUUUUCUCAGGUCCUUAUGGAGCAGCAGAGGGAAAGGGCCUUGAGAGAACAAGAGAUGUUUCGUCUUUAUUCUGCUGACCCAUUUGAUCAGGAAGCUCAGGCUAGAAUAGAAGAAGAAAUCAGACAGCAGAAUAUUGAAGAAAAUAUGAACAUUGCUAUGGAAGAGGCUCCGGAGAGUUUUGGACAAGUGGCUAUGCUCUAUAUUAACUGUAAAGUGAAUGGGCAUCCUUUAAAGGCUUUUGUUGACUCAGGUGCCCAGAUGACUAUCAUGAGCCAAGCUUGUGCUGAGAGAUGUAACAUCAUGAGACUGGUGGACCGGCGAUGGGCUGGGGUUGCUAAGGGAGUGGGCACACAGAGGAUUGUGGGCCGAGUUCAUCUGGCCCAGAUUCAGAUUGAAGGUGAUUUCUUACAGUGCUCUUUCUCCAUACUGGAGGAGCAGCCCAUGGAUAUCCUUCUAGGGCUUGAUAUGCUCAGGAGGCAUCAGUGUUCCAUUGACCUGAAGAAAGACGUGCUGGUGAUCGGCACCACUGGCACACAGACACACUUCCUUCCUGAAGGAGAGUUGCCCUUAUGUGCCAGGCUGGUGAGUGCAACGGUGCAAGAGGAAUCACCAGACAAGGAAGCAGCAGGCAAUAUCAAACACCCAGUCAAGGGUCCAGCUCGAAAAAAGCAUUGA